GGCGCACCGGGCGCGGCCUGAUUGGUCGGCGGGGGCUCUUGUGAGGCGACCGAGAGCGGGUCUUGUUCUUCGGAGGUACUUUUGGUGGCCGCCGCCGUUUGAGGCGAGGCCGAAGCGAAGGAAGGAAGGAAGGAGGAGGCAGGCGACGCCGCCGCCGCCGCCGCCGCCGCAGGGGGAGGAACGGAGGGAGGCAAGAGGGAGGCGCCGCUGCCUCCUCCUCCGGGCUUCCUCCUUCCCUGGCUCCUGGGCGGAUGCUUCGCGGGUAAGAGGAGGAGAAGGAGGAGGAGGAGGAAGGCAGGUGGCGGCGUCGGCGGGGCCCGCUCCGGGCGAAGAUGGUGCUGCUGAGGGUCGUGGUGGUGCUCUGCUCCUGGGCCGCCGGAGCCGGAGGUCAAUAUGGGAACCCUCUAAAUAAAUACAUAAGACAUUAUGAAGGACUGUCAUAUGAUGUGGAUUUAUUACACCAAAAACACCAGCGUGCCAAAAGAGCCGUGUCUCAUGAAGACCAAUUUUUGCGCUUAGAUUUUCAUGCUCAUGGGAGGCAUUUUAAUCUUAGAAUGAAGAGAGAUAUGUCCCUCUUUAGUGAUGACUUCAAGAUAGAGAUGUCAGAUAAAGUAAUUGAUUAUGAUACCUCCCAUAUUUAUACUGGGCACAUUUAUGGUGAACAGGGAAGCUUUAGCCAUGGAUCUGUUGUUGAUGGAAGAUUUGAAGGAUUCAUCAAGACUCACAGUGGAACCUUCUAUAUUGAGCCAGCAGAAAGAUAUAUUAAGGACAAAACUCUGCCUUUUCAUUCAGUCAUGUACCAUGAAGAUGACAUUCGAUAUCCACAUAAAUAUGGACCACAGGGGGGUUGUGCAGAUCAUUCCGUCUUUGAAAGAAUGCAGAAGUACCAAAUGACUGGUGUAGAAGAGCCAACGAACCAGCAACUGUCAGAAGAGCACACCAAUCAUGGCCCAGAGUUGUUGAGAAGAAAACGAGCUGCCCAAGCUGAGAAGAACACUUGUCAACUCUAUAUUCAGACGGACCAUCUCUUCUUUAGAUAUUAUGGAACAAGAGAAGCUGUGAUUGCACAGAUAUCCAGCCAUGUUAAAGCUAUUGACACAAUUUACCAGUCAACAGAUUUCUCAGGAAUCCGAAACAUCAGUUUUAUGGUGAAAAGAAUAAGAAUCAACACUACUCAAGAUGACAAAGACCCUUCUAAUCCCUUCCGAUUUCCAAACAUUGGUGUGGAGAAGUUUCUGGAACUCAAUUCUGAACAGAAUCACGAUGACUAUUGCUUGGCCUAUGUGUUUACUGAUCGUGACUUUGAUGAUGGAGUCCUUGGCUUGGCCUGGGUUGGAGCGCCUUCAGGGAGCUCCGGUGGUAUAUGUGAAAAGAGCAAACUUUAUUCUGAUGGCAAAAAGAAAUCCUUAAAUACUGGCAUCAUCACCGUUCAGAACUAUGGCUCCCACGUCCCUCCUAAGGUCUCUCACAUCACCUUUGCGCAUGAAGUGGGCCAUAAUUUUGGUUCUCCGCAUGAUUCUGGAACUGAAUGCACUCCAGGAGAGUCUAAAAACCUGGGACAAAAAGAAAAUGGCAAUUACAUCAUGUAUGCAAGAGCAACAUCUGGAGACAAACUUAACAACAACAAAUUCUCUAACUGUAGUAUUAGAAAUAUCAGUCAAGUUCUGGAAAAAAAGAGAAAUAAUUGUUUUGUUGAAUCCGGUCAGCCCAUCUGUGGGAACGGACUGGUUGAGCAAGGAGAGCAGUGUGACUGCGGCUACAGCGACCAAUGUAAGGACGAGUGCUGCUAUGAUGCAAACCAGGCAGAAGAUAAGAAAUGCAAGCUAAGGCCAGGGAAGAACUGCAGUCCCAGCCAAGGCCCCUGUUGUACGCCGUAUUGUGUAUUCAAGGGUUCAGGGGCAAAGUGCCGGAAUGAUUCUGAGUGUGCGGAGGAAGGAAGGUGCAACGGAACGUCUUCUUUCUGUCCAACAUCUGCACCUAAGCCUAACUUGACAGAGUGCAACAGAAACACACAAGUUUGCAUAAAUGGCCAAUGUGCCGGCUCCAUCUGUGAGAGGUAUCGUUUGGAGGAAUGUACAUGUGCUAGCACUGAUGCCAAGGACGACAAAGAGUUAUGCCACGUCUGUUGCAUGGAAAAAAUGCGUCCAGAGACAUGUGCAAGUACAGGCUCUGAUGCCUGGAAGGAAUACUUCAACCACAAAACCAUUACGCUACAGCCUGGGUCACCCUGCAAUGAUUUCAAGGGUUACUGUGAUGUCUUCAUGAGGUGCCGGUUGGUGGAUGCUGACGGUCCCCUGGCCAGACUAAAGAAGGCCAUUUUCAAUCCAGAGCUGUAUGAAAACAUUGCGGAGUGGAUAGUGGCGCACUGGUGGGCCGUUCUGCUGAUGGGGAUUGCCUUGAUCAUGCUGAUGGCCGGUUUCAUUAAGAUAUGCAGCGUCCAUACCCCAAGCAGCAACCCAAAGUUGCCACCACCUAAACCACUGCCAGGCACUCUGAAGCGACGAAGACCGCCCCAGACGGCCCAGCCGCCUCCACGCCAGAGGCCCCGAGAGAGCUAUCAGAUGGGACACAUGAGACGUUAAGUGCUGAUAUUUUUCUUUUUCUUUUCUUUUUUCUUUUUGCCUUGGUUCUUCCUAGUGCCUACAGUGGGAAAAUUUCGCUCCAAAGAAAACCUAUACUAAGUCAUUAUUGUCCCUGGUCUAACUUUCAACUAAAAAAAGGAGGAGGAGGAGGAGGAGAAGAAGAAGAAGAAGAAGAGGGGGAAGUAAAGGCCAAGUUGUGAAAUUCUUGACCCAAGUGGAGAGGUCUGACAGUGGCAUUUUGCUGCCCGAGGGAGAAGCCUCUGAACUCGUGGCAGCUUCUUUUUUUGGAACAAUCUGCAUUCCGCCCCCCGCCCCCCUUCCGCUCUUCGUUGUUGCCUUUUCUUCUUCACUUGCAGGCAAAUAGGAUUCUUGUGAAAAUCCUCUUCCACACAACCUAAAGUUUAUAUUUUUCAACUGUCAAGGCUAGGAAGCUAGACCGCCUCAGCAUUGGAGACAUUACUUUUGCCAAUGUACAUAAAAUGGUAAUAUGCAGACAUUGUUAUUUCUAAUGUACACCUGUACUUUUUUUCUGUGUGCAAUUGUAAAACAAGAAAAGAAUUGCAAUAUGGAUGUUUUCUUUGUAUGAUAAACCUUUUAUGCUCUUAAUGAAGAAAUUUACUGUUUAAUUGACAUACUCAGGAUAACAGAGGUUGAUGGUGUCCAGGAUUCUGAAAUGCUUUACGCAGGAAUUGUGAAUCACAUCAAGUCCUUUUUUAAAAAAACAAACUAACAAAUUGUAUCUAUCUUACGUCAGAAAUUACUGCAAAUGCACGCUCUGGAUGCAAGAACCCUCCUCCUUCUCCCCUAAACGCUUCUCCUGCACAAGCCCCACUAAAACAAAUGACGUCUUGCUCUGAUCCGAGGGAGGCUUGUGCAGGAUUCCUUCCCUUUGGAUCAUGCUCUUCCGUCUCAUUUCAUGCCAUUGCUGACCUGGGAAAGACACACGCCAGAAUGUGACUUAGGAGAAGAGCUCACAGCAUAAGUAUUUUUAAAAACGAGGCUUUGUUUUUACAAAAAAGAACUCCCCACAUCUUUGCCUAUUAUUCGGUUAUAUGUUCAACUAUAUUUUCUUUUGGUUCAUGCUUUGGUAGAAAGAUAAGUCUGUAUUAUAUUUUUCUCAGAAGGUUGCAGCUGGCUUUCUUUUGAUACGCUCUGAUAGUCUUAAUGUGUGGUAAUUAGGUUUCCCAAUUCUGACCAAUUUGGGAGAGAUGAAAAGCUCUGUAUGUGUUAAUGUUUUCCUUCCUUCCUUUCUUUUUAACUUAAGUUACUCCAAGUACUUUUUCAGCAUGAUACUGUUUUUUAAGGACAACCACUAAAGUCAAAAGUCGACUACUGUGGCUGCUGUUGUCGUUGUUGCGUUACUUGUGUGGCUGGCAAAUGUCUGUGAACAACAGCCCUUACAAGGGGUAGGGGAGCUCAACGGCACAACAGCCCAAAGCUUUUACUACAAGUGUAUAUAAUUGGCAUUUUUAAAAAAGAGGGCGAAGAAGAAAUAGCGAAAGCAAUGUCACAAUACACUUAACUGCUAUGCAGGAAAUGGGAGAGGGCAUUAUUGUGGGCCUGCCAUACGCGGCUUCUGUUUUUCCAAAAUUAGGAAACCAACGGCUGUAAAAAGAGAUUUCUGGCUUUGCUAAUGAAUCAGAUUUGACUAAAGGUUUGGCCAGGACAGUUUUCCUUUUUUUAGAAAAAGAAAAUCUUUUUUGCCCAGGGUUGGGGGGGGGCAAACAUGUUUGUUUUCUUUUGUUUUCCAAGAGUAUAAGGUUUACACACAUUCUUACAAAUGUGAGGCAAGCCAGCAAGGCCAAAAAUGUUUUAAAAAAAAGAAUAUAAUGGGAUCUCUUCCUUGUAAAACUUGUACAGUAUGUGGCGACUUUUUUCAAAAUACAGCUUUUUUGUACAUGGUUUAGAGACAAAUUUUGUACAUGAACCCUCUGCCCCCCACCCCCAAACCAAUAGACUUAUAAAUAAUUCUGAAGGAUCUUAACUAGUUAGAAAUCUCUGUAGCUGCUUUUAAACCAUUAAAAAAAGAACAUUUGGGGGGGGGGUUGUAGUUUUUUUUCUCUCCUUCAAGCUGCACAGAGAUGGGAAGCUAGGUUUGCAUUUCUAAAAUGGUGGCUUUUAUUCUGCAAGAGAUCUUAGUAACCUCUCGAGUGUGGUAGAUCUUGGAACAUGUAAAUUCUUUGCUUGUAAUGUUAUCCUGUGGCUUGGGUGUUUGGCAGGGAGCUGGACACCUUCUUUUUGGGGGUUUUUGUUUUGGUUUUGUUUUUUAAAAUUUUGGGUCUAGGUUUAAUGUUUAUUCUGCAAAGAGGAAAAAAAGUGCACUGAACUCUCCACUACAAGUCAAGAUGUGGUAAAACGAAAAAUAUCAAGGCAAAUUGCGAUCUAAUACUACUGUCAGUUUAAUGUCCACUGUGUUUUAUACAGUAUCUUUCUUUUUGUUCACUUUGGAAAUUUUUACUAAAAAGUUGCAAAAAUAAAAUAAAAUAAAGUAUUGUGCAAACAAAUGUAAGUUUUUUUGAAACUUGAAAUGCAUUAAUAAAUAGACCUGAUGAAACAGA